UCUGACCUUACCUGCUGCAGUUGAAAUCCUCCCUGACUCAGACUCUGUCAUGGGAGGUGAUCUGAGGAAGCUUGAGGACAGCAGGACUGAUGGUGUGUCAGACUCCUCCACCUGGAGCUGACUGCCUGGUGGAGAGCGUUUGAAAGGCCCCCAUGGCUUUCUCAUCAGAUCCCUCCCGCAGGGAAAAGGGCCAAGCGACACAAGUUUCGCACACCGCAACACGCAACCUCCUACGAAAGAAGGAGCAGCGUCGCCGUGGAAUCCGAUCCUCCUCGCCUAUGGGUCGGGUCAUCCUCAUCAACUCUCCAGUGGAUGGCGGAGAUGAUUGUGAAGACCUCCACACCGUCACGGUGGAUAAGAGUUUGGAUGGGAAGCUUGGCUUCAGUGUGCGCGGGGGCUCUGAGCAUGGCCUCAGCAUCUUUGUCAGUAAAGUGGAGGACAACAGCACUGCAGAGGAGGCAGGUCUGCAGGUCGGAGAUAAGCUGGUAGAGGUGAACGGAAUCAGCCUGGAAAGUAUCACCAUGAGCAGCGCCGUGAAGGUCCUGACAGGCAACAACAGGCUGAGGAUGGUGGUGAGACGAGUUGGGAAAGUUCCCGGCAUCCGUUACUCUAAGGAGAAGACCACCUGGGUGGAUCUGAUACAUAGGCGGAUGGUGGUGGAGGAGAGCGGAAAAACCCCUUCAGAAGCCAGUUCUGACAGCGCUCUGCAAAGGAUAGUCCACCUUUACACCACGUCUGAUGAUUACUGCCUCGGGUUCAACAUACGGGGGGGCAAGGAGUUUGGUCUGGGCAUCUACGUCUCCAAACUGGAUCCAGGUGGUCUGGCCGAGCAGAAUGGGAUUAAGAUCGGAGACCAGAUCCUGGCUGCUAAUGGAGUAAGCUUUCAGGAAAUCAGCCAUAGCAGCGCUGUGGAGGUGCUGAAGAGCCACACACACAUCAUGCUCACCAUUAAGGAAGCAGGACGGUACCCUGCCUAUAAAGAAAUGAUAGCAGAAUACAGGUGGUUGAAUAAAUUGGCCAACGGUGCUCAGCCAUCUUCCUCCCAGGCUUCAGACUCCAACUCCUCAACCUCCUCUCUGUCAUCCGGGACCCCGGUCAGCUCUCUGAGCGGCCUGUCUCAGGUCAUGUUCCCACCCAGCCUGCCGUUUGGUUCAGACAUGGUGGAUGUUUGCAUCUCCACAGAGGACCUACGGGCAGAGUCAGAACUAACAGAGACCGCCAUCCAGACGGAUUUUUCCACUCAGCGAAUGGAGUCAGACACCACUCGCAGUCUGGGACCGACCACGCUUCUCAGAGACACGGCGAUCCGUGGAGAGGAGAGCAGGAGGUGGAAGGAGUCUGCCAAAACAGCCGUGCUCCUGGCGCUCAGCAGACCAAGUCGACCAAUCACCAGGUCGCAGAGCCAAGUCACCAUAGCAGAGAUUAAUCAGAAGAAAGACAAGAAGAAGCAGAAAGAAAAGCAGUCAAAGGAGAGAAACACUCUGCAGCGCUCAAAGACCUUUGUUAACCUGCUGUUUAAAGGAGGACGCAAGAGAGACGCUUCAAGUGGACGCUCCAAAUCACCAUGCAGAGAAGGCAAAGCAGGACAAGAUGUCGGCGCGAUGCCAAACUCAGAGAUGCUCGGUGUGGUGGAGGACAUCGCCCGCAGGCUGCUCAGCGAAGAGGAGGUGGCUGCUGUGAUGACGGCGUGCCAAAGGUAUGUAGCAGAGAGGUCAGUGGAGAACUUGAUCCACCACCUGCUGGCUGUGCUGGAUCGACCCGAAAAGCUGCUGCUUUUGAGGGAAGUUAGACAUUUUCCUCUCGUCUCCGCUUGCAUUGUAGUCCGAACUCCUCCUCUUCGCUCCCCAAUAUCUGGUAGAGCCCCCAAACGGCGCCUCAUCACACCCAUCCCAGAUUAUAGAGGAGGCUUUGAGCUGCACAGUGCGGAGGAGGUGGAAAAGGAGAGCCACCUGCUGGAGGAGCUGGAGAAGCUCAGCCUGACUGGCUCGCAGGGAUCCAGGGGUAAACCAAGUACCACCAGUCCUUUCUCACAUCUGCUGGACAUUCCUGUGGAUGGAUAUAAGCCUGAGCCAAGGGAGCCCAGAUCCCAAUCUGCAGGUCCCUUGCUCCCUAAUUGGCUGCUCACCCACAGCAGUGACUCCCCUCCACCUCCCCUCCGUACAGACAUCCAUACUAUUCGCUCCGUCCACUUUGAUGAGUCUUCUCUGCGCUCCUCAUCGGACAAGAUGAAGACAAUUCCUGAGAGGGGAAGGACUUUCUUCAGAAACAUCCAUUCACAGGGCAGGACUGAGAAAAAUGCAGAAAGGAGUAAAAAUGGACUAUUCACUCUGCAGAGUGCAAACCGUAGGAUUCGACCCUCGCUGUCGCAGGUGUUUGAUACGAAUCAGGACCAGCAGAUCAACGGCCACCGGACUUCCUCAGAUGACACCGAUCAGGAGCAUCAACUGAAAACUGUCAGCAUCUCUAAAGCUAAACAGUCUUUAGGAAUCAGCAUUUCUGGAGGGAUUGAGUCAAAGAUUCAGCCGAUGGUGAAGAUCGAGAAGAUCUUUCCUGGAGGAGCCGCCUCCAUGUGUGACGCUCUCAAGGCUGGAUUUGAACUGGUGUCUGUGGACGGCGUUUCCCUUCAAGGAGUGACUCACCUGCACGCCGUCGACAUCAUUCGCAAAGCCUUCAGCAACAAGGCCAAAGACCCCAUGGUGUUUGUGGUCAAGGUUCCCAAAAACCUUUUAAAAGACAAGCCUUAAGAUUAAAAAAAACUGAGGGUUGGGUUGCCGCUGGGUUGGGAAACAAAGAACUUUAAAAAAACAAAGGUAUUCGAUGUUGAGAGGAAAAGAAUCCCCAAAACUUGUUUGGGUUUGUUACAAUUUGGACCUAAAUUGAUCUAAAGGAUAUUUUUUAAAUAUUUAUAGUCAAAAACAAAUGUGAUUUCUGUUCAGUUUAAAGUAAUUUAGGUGCCUUUUGUCUUUCACAACAUGUCUUAGCCUUUUUGAACCCGCAGAGGGCAGAUCUGAGCCAUAUAAACAACACUGAGAACAAGACAUGCAGUAAAUAUGUUCUCAAUGCAGAACCAGA